AUGUCAUUCAUUAGUAUCAUAGCUUUACGUAUGAUUACACGUAAAAACUCUCUGGUCAGAAUUAAAACGUUUCAUAAACAAGGAAGAUUUGGUGAAAAAAUAUCGUGCAACAUGAGCAGUAAAAGUGUACAUUCCGCAGCAAUAACAGAAGUGCAUAUGGUACCUAUGAGUGUCAUACAUAGACCAAUUCCUCCGGUAUUGGACGAAGAAAAGGUGCAAUCUCUUAUGAAUACUAUAAAGAAUGAAGUCACAGAAGACGAUGUUCCACCAAUAGAUGUGCUUUGGAUUAAGGGUUCUGAGGGUGGUGAUUAUUUUUACAGCUUUGGUGGCUGUCAUCGGUACGAAGCCUACAAGCGAUUGAAACGUGAUACUAUAAAGGCGAAAUUAGUUCAAUCGACGCUGCAAGACUUAUAUCACUAUAUGGGUUCUAGCACUCCCAAGGAUCUUAAAUGAAUUUGUAACGUACCGCCAUUUAUUAAACUGAUAUUUUUUGUUGUACUGCAUUACUACUAAAUUUGUAAAUAAUAAUAAUAAUUUUAAAGUGUAUAAA